AAAAUGCUUCGCCGUCCCUGGCCGCGCAAUCCGGAGCUGGCGGCAAAUUGCCACGCUACGUUUCCUUCAGGGCAGUGCAAUAGAAGAAGAAAGUCGGAGGCGCUUUUCCGAACCGCUUCUUAUGGAAAAUCGUCGUUAAAUAAUCAUUCACUGGGUCCUUUAUUAAUUCAUCUCAGAUAGAGAGAGAGAGAGACAGAGAGGAGGGUCUGAUCAUCUGAGCAGUUUGGAGACUUGCUAAUUUGUUGUUCAUCUAGUGAUCUUCAUAUAGACCUCCAUCAGUUCUUGUUUUAUAUUUUGUCAUGAGUUCUGCAGUCUCAAGCUCUAGAAGAACACAUCUGGUAUCGAAUUGUGGUUCUUUGGGAUCUCAAAAUCCAGAAAUACCGUCAGCUUCUUUAGGUAACCCUAAAAUGGAUCCACAUGAAGCUGAGGAAAUUGAGGUGCUUUCAGUUUCAUGGAACCAAGAUUAUCGGGCUUUCGCUGUUGGCACAAGCCGUGGUUUUAGAAUCUACGGCUCUAGGCCCUUGAAGCAAACUCUUAGAAGGGAUCUGGAAAGUGGCGGUUUUGGAAUUGUGGAAAUGCUCUUUCGAUGCAAUAUUUUGGCUCUUGUUGGUGGCAGCGGAAACUCACAAUAUCCACCCACCAAAGUUCUAAUCUGGGAUGAUCAUCAAGGUCGUUGCAUUGGUGAAUUUAUCUUCAGAUCUUAUGUUCGAGGUGUAAGAUUGAGACAAGAUCGCAUUGUAGUAGUUCUUGAACAUAGGAUAUAUAUAUAUGACUUCAAUGAUUUGAAACUUCUCCACCAAAUAGAGACACUAGCCAAUCCAAAGGGACUUUGUUGCCUCUCACACCAUUCAAGUACCUCUGUUUUGGCAUGCCCUGGUCUACACCAAGGACAAGUUCGGGUUGAACACUUCGGUUUGAAGGUUACAAAGUUCAUCAAUGCACAUGACUCACAUAUUUCUUGCAUCAGCUUGACUUUGGAUGGUUUACUUCUUGCAACUGCAAGCGUUAAAGGCACAUUGGUGAGGAUUUUUAACACAAUGGAUGGAACACGUUUACAAGAGGUGAGAAGAGGUGCAGAUAGAGCAGAAAUAUACAGUAUUGCUCUGUCACCUAAUGUGCAGUGGUUGGCAAUAUCUAGUGACAAGGGCACUGUGCAUAUAUUCAACCUUAGAGUUAGAGUGGUAGGAGAAGACGCACCCACCCUUCCUUCAGGCCAAGGGCCUGCUUUGCUGCAUCAAAACUCUGCAACUUCACUUGAUGCAUUGAUAUCUCCAAAUACUGGUGCUAACCCGAGCUCUUCAUUAUCUUUUAUGAGAGGAGUUUUACCCAAGUAUUUCAGUUCUGAGUGGUCCUUUGCUCAAUUUCGCGUGCCAGAAGUUACUCGAUAUUUUGUUGCAUUUGGUUCUGAAAACACCGUAAUGAUUGUUGGUAUGAAUGGCAGUUUCUACAGGUUGAGUUUCGAUCCAGUGCUCGGAGGGCAAAUGACGCAGCAGGAGUAUGUUCUAUUCCUCAGGUCCGAAACCCACCAGGCAGGACCUGCCAACCAUCCUUGAGCUGAUGCGCUGCUCCAGCAGCAUAUUUCAUCGCAAAUAUUGUGAGUCCGGAGCAAUUUUUCUAUAACCUGCAUAUAUUUUAUACUGAAAGAUUGCCUCCGUUUUAUGUACAAAUUUGUGGGACUGAUAUUGUGAUUCCCUUGUAAACUCGGUGCUAAUGCUCUCAAGUUCUUACAUAGUAUUGUUUUGGCUAACACGACCAUUCAGGAUUCUGAUCAUAUUGCCGUUUA